AUGAAGUGCCUUCUGCUUUCACUUGCUCUGCUCGAACUGCUGAUCUUGCACAAAGGAUCGGCACUGUUUCUGAAUGAGGACUGCGAGAAGAUUGACGAGGAAGAUGGACCAACCACUGCUCCUUGGAUGGCCGCAGUAAGCAACGAACAAGGGUUUCUAUGCGGCGGCGCGCUGAUUACAAAAAACUUUGUGCUGACAGCCGCGCAUUGCAUAAAAGAUCAGGAGAAAUUGUUCGUAAAACUGGGAGUGUUGGACAGAAGCGAUGCCUAUGGGAUGGACUUCAAUGUAAGCAGCACCAAAAUGCAUGGUGAUUAUCAAACCCAUCCAGGUGUAAAUGAUAUAGGAUUGCUUAAACUCGCCUCUGAAGUGGACUACACCGAUCGCAUUCGACCCAUCUGCAUCUUAAUGGAUGCCGCCCCUGUGUUGCAAAAUAUCAAACGAUUUUCUGCCUUUGGCUGGGGUAAAACGGAAACUGGAAACCUCAGCCAAUAUCUGAUGACCAUCCAGCUGAGGCGUCUGCCUUCGGAGGAGUGCCAGCAUGACAACAUGCCCCUGUUGACUAAGACACAAUUCUGCGCCGACAGCGAGACGGGCGGUGGACCCUGCAACGGCGAUGGUGGUGGACCGCUGACGUCAAUCGUCAAGAAUCGCACGGUCCAGGUGGGCAUCAUAAGCUAUGGCCCCAGGGAUUGCAAUUUAUCUGCUGUUUACACGGACGUGGCUAGUUACACCGACUGGAUAGCAUCCAAUGUACAUAAAGCUUAAAUAAUAAUAACAUCAUAAUAAAUAAUAAUCAAGCCUUGAUAAUCAUAA